GAGAUCACAGACACCCCCACCCCACUCCCUCCCCCGUACCCCCCAUCCCUAUCCCCCUACGCCCUUGUACCAGCUCUGAAAGUCUCGGUGAAGCAAUAAGCCAAAAAAACUGAGUAAUGGCUGAAUCUGUGCAUCAAAGAUGAAGGUCACUGCAAACAAUAGAGCUGAGCUUCCAGCAAUUGCAUCAUUCAAACUAGUGAACCCUUUACCCGAUUCAGAUCUUUUACAAAACCCCUUUUGCUCUAGGAAACCGCCUCGCCGGAAAAUCAAGAACUCCGGUGGCGCCGGAGUGAGGUUACGGAGAGAUAUUCCCGGUGGGAAAAGGAGCAGACCUAAUACCCCUUUACUACGAUGGAAGUAUAACGAGGAUGUAAAUGACAAUGCUUGUACUUGGGAGGACAAAUCGACGGUGGAGCUUGGUCGGAAAUCUGGCCGGAAAGUUAGAAAUUUGGUUUCUGCUAGGAAGUUAGCUGCCGGACUAUGGAGGCUUCAGUUGCCGGAAGUUCCUAAUAUUCCAGCUCAAAAGUUACCUCAGGCUGGUCAUAUUGAUCUACCCUUUUUCAACCAUCAUCAUAUUAAAGAGAAUGAUUCUCACGUGCAGGCUGGUCAUAUUGAUCUACCCUUUUUCGACCAUCAUCAUAUUAAAGAGAAUGAUUCUCACAUUGAUGAUUCAGUGCAGAGUCCACGAUCUGUCUCCGGUCCAAGAUAUGGUCUUUAUCACAAGCUAGAGCCCUCAUUUCAAUAUCCAAACUCUGCUAUGGAGGGGGCAACAAAGUGGGAUCCAGUUGGCUGGACAAUAGCUGAGGAAAUAAAGGAGAUUUACGGCCAUCAGAAGGUUCCUAAUAAACAGUCGAAGACUGCUGCAAUGAUUUCCACCCUUGAGGCAGAAUUAGAGCAGGCUCGCACCCGAAUUCAUCAACUUGAGAUGGAGCGACGGUCUUCAAAAAAGAAACUCGAACUGUUUUUGAGAAAACUUAGUGAAGAGAAAGCAGCCUGGAGAAGCCGAGAACACGAGAAAAUUCGUGCAAUUAUAGAUGAUAUGAAAGCCGACUUGUCCAGAGAGAAGAGAAACCGACAGAGGCUGGAAACAGUCAACUCCAAGUUAGUUAAUGAAUUGGCUGAUGCCAAGUUAUCAGCAAAGCGCUAUUUUCAAGAUUACGAAAAAGAAAGGAAGGGUAGAGAGUUGAUAGAGGAAGUGUGUGAAGAAUUAGCCAAGGAAAUUGGAGAAGACAAGGCUGAAGUCGAGGCAUUGAAGAGAGAAUCUCAUUCACUUAGGGAGGAAGUAGAUGAAGAAAGAAAGAUGUUGCAGAUGGCUGAGGUUUGGCGUGAGGAACGGGUUCAGAUGAAGCUAGUUGAUGCUAAGGUGACACUGGAAGAGAAGUAUUCCCAAAUGAAUAGACUAAUUGCAGAGUUAGAGUCUUUCCUAGGUUCUAGAGGUAUGAACCCCGACGAGGAAGUGAUCAAACGAGCUGAGCAACUCAAACAGGAAGCUGCUUCGGUGAAUAUUCGUGAUAUCAGUGAAUUUACUUAUGAACCUCCAAAUCCAGAUGAUAUAUUCUCAGUGUUCGAGGACCUUAAUUUUGUUGAAAAUAAUGAAAGGGAGGUUGAGCCAUGUCCUGCAUACAGUUCUGCUAGCCAUCCCUCCAAAAUUUGCACAUUCAGUCCUGAUGACGGUGCAUACAAUAAAGACAACUUCCUCAGACAUUCUCUUGCGUAUAAUCAGAGCGAUUUAGAGGAAGAAGGAAGUGAAUGGGAAACAGUGAGCCAUCUCGACGAGCAAGGUUCUAGUUAUUCUGCUGAAGGAAGCGUCUGUUCUGUCAACAAGAACUGCAGGCACAGCAAUGCCUCAAUGGAGAUAAGUGAUGUAUAUUCAGGGCAAGGUCGACAACUUAAGAAGGUGUCGUCUAUAUCUAGGCUUUGGAAAUCAAACGGAGACAACUACAAAAAGAUAUCAGUUGAAGGAAUAAACGGGAGACUAUCAAAUGGAAGGCUAUCGAAUGAUGCCACUUUAUCUCCAGAUUGUGGUUCUAGUAAAGGUGAAUUCAGCCCUUCAGGGAGCUCACUUGACUCGGGCAAUCCACAAAUAACACGAGGGAUGAAAGGGUGCAUUGAUUGGCCGCGUAACUCUCACAAGCACAGUUUAAAAGCAAAACUUCUGGAAGCAAGAAUGGAGAGCCAAAAGGUCCAGUUACGCCACGUCUUGAAACAGAAGAUCUAGAAGACUACUGCUACAAGUUUUGAUUUUGCGCGAGUCAUCGUUCUCACUCAGGUGAGAUAUCAAUAAAAACUGAAACAGUAGUAGUCCACAUUUUAUGCUUACUGAAACUUCUUUGUGUAUCAAUCAGAACUGCUAUAUAGUAAUUUCAUGUAAUUUAGAAGGUGCAUUAUUGGCCACUAUUUAUAUCUUUUUUAAGGUAUGAUUUAGUGGCCAAUUAUUACAUCAUUUAACAGAAGUUUCAGUACGAGGAGAAAACAACUUUGUAUAAUUGAAUUCCUUUAUUCCUUUGUUUCUGCCUGAAA